CCUUUCUCAGGUGCUUUUUCAGUUUGAUUUUUUUAUUCUCUAAUUUAAUCGCUCCUAUUGGAAGUUGCUUCCCACGUCUGACUUAGUGUAAGAAACUAAUAAGAUUUACAGGUACUAAGUACACCGAUGAAACUAUAAAAAACGUUAUAUUAUUUAUCUGACAUAAAAAUGGCAUCGACGGAUCUAAAAUCAAAAGAUUAUAAUAUAAAUAAAUCAGGACAAAUAGAAUAUAAAGAAUUUGGUGGACAAUUCUCAGGUAAAAGCAAAAAAGGAAAGAAAAGGUCAAAAGAAGUUCAUUUUAACAAUCUCAGUAAUGAAAAUUCUAAUCAAAACCUUUUAAACCUCAUCACUAUUAGCGAUUCUCAUGAAGUAAAAAAUAAAACAAAAUCAGAAAUCAAACAAAAAUUAAAACGGCGUAUUAAACGUUUGCGAAAAGAAAACACUAUCCUUUCUCAGAAAUUACAAACAAACGAUGAUUUUUAUAAUAAAAAAAUUAGUGAAUCUGGGGAACUAUUAAAGUCAAUAAACAAAUACAAUGAGGAUUUAGGAAACGAAAAUAGACUAUUAAAAUUGGAGUGUGCAAACUUUGCUUCUUGCCAAAAAGAAUUAGAAUUGGUUCGGCGUAAAUGUACCUGCAUGAAAGUCACCCUCGAAAAAACAACCACCGAAUUGAAGUACUACAAAGAACGAAACCAUGAAUUGGAAAACGAUUUACAAAUGUUAAAGAAUAUUGUUUACAGGUUAAACCUUCAUCUCGAACGCUAUCAAGAAAAAUUAAAAAACUUGACAACUCCAAAACAUGAGCAACCAGUAAAGUCAUUAAUUACACAUAAUGGUAUUUUGCAGUCAAAAGAACAUGAAGAUCAUCAACAUGUUCCAAUAACAUGGGGAAAAGUAAAUGUUCAUACGUUAGGUCCACUAUUAGAUGCAUACCAAGAGACCGUUUUAGAAAAAGAAAGCGUUAUUGAGGAAUAUGAAAAUGCAAUGGCCAACUUCACAUUAGAAUUUAAGAAAAUAGCAGAAGAAAAUGAGUUACUUCAUGAAAAAUUAACGGAAGAUGAAGGUUGUAGCAUUAAAUUAACCGCUCAAAUGGAAAAGCUAACUCAAGAUUUAGUAUUAAGUAAAAAGCAGAAUGAUUUAUUAAGCAAAAAGUGUUCCCUCAAACAGAAAAAAAUGGAUGAAGUUCUUGAAAUUUAUCAGCAGAAAGUACACCAAAUGAAAGUAGAUCAUAGUACACUACUAGAAGAAUACCAUAAAUGCAAAAUUGAGAUAAAUAGCUUAAAAGAGAAAAACAGAAUGUUACCUGAGCUACAAGAAGAAAUUAAUAAACAACGAGAGAUCUUAAUUCCAGUCAAUGUUCAUGAAGCCAGAGUAAAUGAAUGUAAAAGGUGGUAUGAAGAACUGAAAUUGCAAUAUGAUGCCGAGAAAACGAAGUUAAGUGAAAAUGCAAGCAUUUUAUCCAAUGAAGUUGAAAAUCUGAAGAAACAAAUAUUAUAUUUAAAUUCUGAGAAGUCAGAAUUUCAACAAAAGCUUCAACAAGAAGAAGUCACUGUACAAGAACUGAAAAAAAGAUGCGAAAAUUUUAAACGAAUUCUACGCAGCCUUCAUGUUGAAAAGCGUGCUUUCAAGAAGCAUUUACGCAAAACCAUGAAUUUCGCUCGAGAUUUAGUAGAAGAACAAGAGUCACUUUUAAAAGCUUUAUAUGGUCGUGAUCUACGAACAGAGAUGAAGAAUAAAUUCGUAAAAGGUGCUCUUAAAAUGCACAAUUUGAAAAGUCAAGUAAGGAUAGCUAAUUAG